AACAUACACAGUACACACACUCCAACCAAGCCACUCCAGUGAAAAAAACCCAACUACCCACAAACACCAUAAAUCCACACACCCCUCAUCCCAACCAAGACAAAAGAAGAAACAAAAUUUGGAGAAUAGAAAUUGUUUCCAAAGAAAAACAACAAAUUUGGAGCAAUGGCUACCCAAGAAGAAGAACAAAUCCAAGAAACCCAACACCAAGAAAGCCUCCAUCUCCUCUCCACCUAUCUGGGCCUGAGCUUCGCAAUCUUCCUGGGGUUCUUGCCUAAGAAUUCAAUCCAAUUACUCUCCACAUACCAAACCCAGAACAAAGUUCUCACCUUUAAGCUAAAGCAAGCGGAGGAGCAGCUGAAGCAGCUCCAUUCAAGGAGGAAAGAGGAUUCCAAGGCAAACGCCAGAGUUGUCGAGAUUUUCGCCAGCCACAGGCACGCUUGGCAGCAGGAGGAGAAGCGGCUGCUGCAGCAGAUCGACGAUUGCAGCGAGGAGAUCGCCUUCUUGAAGAGUAAAGUCGAGGACUUUGAGGGAGUGGAGGCCGAUUUCAAGGCCAGCAUUGAGGAUUUGAAGAGAGAGGUUAGUGAGAGAGAGGAGAUGCUGAGCUUCAUGAGCAGGAGUAAUUGUGAGAGCGGUGGGGAGUGCUAUGGUGAUUUGGGCUUGAGCUGUGGUGCUGCCAAAGCUGGGGUUUCGGAGGGGGUUGAUGACUGCUUUAAUAGCCACACUCAUACUGCCUUUACCUCUGAUUUCUUGAAUCCUGCUGCUUCCAAAUUUUGGUCUGAUAAAGCUAGCUUAUGGCAGGAUAUGCAGCAGUACGAGCCAGUCGAGUCUGUUUACCACAUGAAACAUUUCGUGUCUAGAAGGGAGUCCCCUUGGAAGGUAGAUGGUGAUUCUAGUGGAGUCUCAUCGAAAUUAAAGCUGCUUGAGCAAGAACUCCUGAAUUUGGAAAGAGUUUGUAGGUCAGAUCUGUCGAAAGUGCCAUCACAGAUGCGGAAGCAAGCCAAGAGGUACCAAGCAUUAGCAGGAAAGAUCGAUGAUCUCUGCAGGAGAAUGCAAGCUAGUGAUCCAUGUGAAUCCACUCUGAGCUCAGAGUUUCGCAUACAAAGGCAGACAGAGUUCUUGCUUGAAGCAUUUCGUCUGCAGCAACGAGCCUCUGAGACCAGCCAGAAACUCACAGCACUACAGACUGAGAGAGGAAAGAGCUACAGAGAGGAGGUUGAUGGGGCGGCUAACCUAUCCACGAGGCGAUCACUCGACUCCAUCGGAAACAACUUCAAAGAGAUACAAAGGAAUCUUGAGAUAUGGCUGGCAAGAAUCAUAGGAGACCUCGAAGGGCUGCUGUCUAGAGACGGGGCCUCUCGUGCAAGAGAAUACUACGUCUCGAGGUACCCUUUUGCUCACCAGUAAGAGUAGUAAAUAAACAAUGCCAGUAAUCUAAUUUGAUUUGAGUUUGUAGCAGCAUUGGUGAUCAAGAAAAUGUACAGUUUCCUUUUCCCUUUCCC